UAAUGUCUUUCGAUGAUAUAGUAAAUUAUAGGUUUGGUUUUGGAAGAUACUAAAUAAUUACAACGGCAACAUUAUUAUUUGUAGAUUUAAAUGAUGGUGCAGAAUUAGUAUUAAUGUCAUUUAUAAUGCCUUUAAUAUAAAAUGAAUGGAAAAUAUCAUAAUUUUAUGUUGCUUUUUUAACUAGUAUAUUUUACUUAGGGACAGUAAUGGGUUCAUGUUUUUCAGGUACAGUUGCAGAUAAUUCGUUUUUUAUAUGGGAUAACCUGUGGUUUUUCCAUCCCAUUAACCACUUCCAUGUUAAGUGA